AUGCCAUCGGACCACCGUGUAACACAGCCGAACCACCGCGCAGCGCCACCGGACUACCGCCAUUUUUCUCUUAAAAACAUCGUCGAUGACCCCUUCAUCCCUCGUUCUUCUUCCCAGUUAAUCCUUAAGCCACCACCAUUGACCACCAGGUUCUAUAAAGAGAGAACAAGAGAGACAGACAUAGAGCUAGCAUCACCACCUGUUCGCAAAUCUACACUCCAGGUGAUGGUUGUCGGAGUUGGAAGGAUUAUACCUAUAAAAGGGAAGAAUAGGUUUUCUCUAAAGAGAGUUGAUCAGAUCCCACUUCUUUUAGAGGAAAUGGGAACGAAAGGGGAUACGUCUUUGAUGCCAACCCAUUUAAUCUCUCUUGUGGUGGUUAUUGUUUCUUUAAGCUUUACUUCAUCCACCGACGCCACCUAUCCUUACUCAUCUCUACCACCUCCACCUAAGAAAUCUUCACCGUCAUUAGCUAAGCAUCAUUAUGUUUACAAGUCACCACCUCAUCCUCGGUUUCAGAAGUCUCCUCCACCACCACCACCACCACAUAAACCAUAUGAAAACAACCCACCAGAUCCACCACAUAUAUAUCCGAAUCCACCUAUAAUAAAGCCCCCUAUAAUAAUAACACCUUCACCAACACCACCACAUACACCUGUAUACAACUCUUCACCACCACCACCACCGGUUCACAAGUCCUUACGACCUCCUCCACCUAAAAAACCUUACGUGUAA